GCAAUCUUUUUCCGCUGUUCCAGAAGCCAAAAUCCUCCUUGUGGACUGAGCGACAGCACUAUUGACUUCAGGUCCCCCAGAAUUCCAACCCGAAAAUUGGAAUUGCGCAGUAUGCGUCCUGCAGGCAGCGCCACAACGCUUCUUCCCUCCCCCUGUCGCAGCCAGAUUGUCGCGUUAAUUUCGCGACACCCUCUGAUCCAAUCGGGGAUUUUCGAUAGUGGCAGUCUGCCACGCGACCAAGAUGGAGAAAGCGUGAGACGCGACCUUCUCACCAUUACCCGAGGCGCUCCUUGACACAGAAGCAAUCGAUGGGCGAGUCCUGUGAGCGUGGUCCUUGCGCAAUAUUCCUCCGUCCUGGCAUACGCCUAGCAGCCACUCCAAUUUUACAUGGGCUCAAGCCUCCAAAAGAGAAGGAAACAGGGAUCUCAAGGUCGCUUCCUCCCCUGAUCCCGAAUAAUCGCAAGGCGGGUGGCUCGAGUCCCAGCUGCGUUGGGGUGUUGGCCAACAGUCAUCCAAAACCACACUGCGACUCUCCAACUGCACCAAGCUGAACCGGAGACAGCACAAACAUCCAACAUUCUUUUCCUAUGUACAUACACACACCGCUCUGCACAUACCAGACGACCUCUCAGACAUCAGACGCUCGAUUACACUACGCCACGCCCGCGGCCGAUCAGAUCUCAAUUUAACUCGCCCUGAAGCAUGCAUAUGCAGCUCCGCUUGAUCGUCAACCUAACCCGAGCUACCAGUACUUUGAGUGCAGAAUAUCUCCGACAGUACUGCCAUGACGCUGGCAUUGAGACUUCAAUAAUACUCUGCCCUGCACAUUGAGCGCCCACUCGACGUUCCUUUCGUCUUCGCACACCUCACCUCUAGUCGUUCGUUACCUUGCCAAAUCCUCUGACCAAGCACCCUCGGGAAUCUCUAUCGAAGUCGAGAGUCACCGAAUGCAUCACCGGCUGACGGUUGCGACGAUGAGAUAAUUAUGUCCUCGUCCCCUUCGUCGGUUAAGCUGAGAUCGCCGAAGCGGACUGCUCCCAAACGCACACCGCUACAAGAACGAACAUCUUCGGAGACAAAUGAGCUUUCACCUCGUCUGGGUCAAGAGCCAAGUUCAGACCAAGGGACUUUGAACAUAUACAAUACCACUCCGUUUCCCACGAAACCCGCCCAUGUCCUCCUCCCUAGCACGAUCCGCAAGAAGAAGAGCUUCGGUCCAAGCCAACUCGCCGAUACUUCUGGGUUGCUCUAUGAGAGUGAAUCAGGUAGAAGCAGCGAUGCUUCCCGGAGCUUGCGAGGCGGAGGGUCGAAGCCUACCGUCAGGCUCAAGCGGUCGGUCAAAGCUUUAAGAGACCUGUAUGAAUCUCAAGCCGAAGAAGCGUCCCGCCCUUCUACCGCUACUUCACCAGCGCUCCGCCCGAGCACGGCCAGUUCGUCACGAUUAAGAAGUAUCAGCUCUAGUGAAAGCUUAUCGGGCGCAUACGCUUGGGAGUCUCUGCAAAAGAUCACCGCCGAUGAUUUGGCACUGCUACCCUCUUUGCCCUCUGGAUCUCACACUCUUAAACGGAUUUCGUCGCGUUCCUCCUUCACGUCGAUCCCAGAGAAGGUUACUGCAGCUGCAACUUCAACCCCAAACUACAAAGUACUCGCGGUAACCUCAAGUCCGAGACUGCCAUCGUUCCGAGAAUCGAAGAGUCCACUGCUUGAGGCGUUCGAAGAGGCAUCAAGCACGGAGUCUGACAAGGAUGGUUCAUCGAGCCCCAAUGUUGUUCGGCUUGCGCCCACAUCAAGCCCCAGACAAUAUCGAAGCACCGACCAGUCGUCCAGCCCCAACGUGGUGCGUCUUGCCCACUCCUCCAGUACGGAGCAGUUUCAAAGCAGCGACCAAUCCUCCAGUCCCAAUGUUGUCCGCCUUGUGCACACCUCUAGUACCGAACAAUUCCAAAGCAGCGACCAGUCGUCAAGUCCAAAUGUGGUUAAAUUCGGGCUGUCAUCGCCGUCCACCGCUCGACCUGAUUUUUCCAAGUCUUCUACACUUUCCCGAUCGUCGUCAAGCUCUUCGAGGAAAAGGAAAAGGUCUGAGUCUGGGGGAGGGAAGUCAUUCGCCGAACGAGCUGGAGCAAGGAACCCCCUGGCCUCUAGCCCUCCCGUUCAUCGGUACAUCCCAUCGUCUGCUGCUGCAAGUGCGAGUUCUCUUGUGGACCCUGGACUACCCUCUUCCGCGCCACAGAGCAUCCAACAGACGAACGAAUCUAUCGACGAGUCUAGCCCAGUGGUUCGCGUUUUGGCGAGAGACGACCCGAUGUCCGAUAGCGGUUCUGUCUCCGAUACCCAUGCCAGUCUUCAAGCCGCUCUGAGCUCCAGUCCGCCACGGAUUCAAUACCCAAUUGUUCGAGCUCCUGCUUUAAGCCAACAUGUCGGACUCGCAGUGCCCAAACGUAAUUCCAGAUCCAUGUCCACGGAGGGAUCCAUGGCGAAAUUCUCACCACGGUUAUCAGCGGUCCCUUCUGAAGGCUCAUGGAUGCGAACAAGGCCGGCCAGUGAAGCGUCUUCCAUACCCGAUGAUCUUGACCAAUAUCUCAAAUCUGAAGAAUUGGCGCCGGCAUCCACCUACAUCAUCAACGAAGGUGCAAAUCUGACGCAGAUUCGACUCAUCCCGGACAGUGAACCACAAACCGAGCCCCAGUGCGACUCUGACUGGCAAACCGAAUACAGCCAUGAAGAACUGGACCCUCACCACAACGAGGCCACGGACGAGGUCUCGGCACUGCCGUCGACAGAAUAUGCGUACAGAUCACCACCUCUUCGCCCAAGCCGGAGCAGCGGCUUUAUUCACUCCUCUUCGAAUAACUCGUCCCAACAGUCCAUUGCGCGACUUAAUUCCAUGAAUUCUUUUACGAAGUCACGACACAACAAAUCCUUUUCCAAUUCCUUGCGACCAGGUUCUUCUGGUAGCAUUACGAGCGUAAUCCCUGUUCCAACGUGGGCCCGGAGGUAUUAUUCGGGAUUUUACAGGGACUCUUUUCAGUAUCUUUAUUCCAGCGGUUCAUAUGUCAAUUUGAGGGAGAGAGCGGCAGCCCAAGCACCAAUUCCGGUACAUCUAGAGCCGCCCUCGCGGCCUGCGACGUCCAAGUCAAGUAAUACCAGCUUGCGCAAUAUCCACCAGGGAAUGAUGGAUGGCGUUGGCGGCCCUUUCCGACCUAGGAAACGACCAAAGCUCGAAGCCCGGAAAUCCCAUCUUCUACCUGGUGUUGGACCGCUGGUCUCAAACCCGGUGCGCGCUCCACCAGCAGCUCGAGCCUCAACUGUCCGACGACAAUCUUAUCCCCAAACACAGUCCUAUCCAAAUACUCACUCUCGCUCAGUUUCCUUGCCGUUGCACCCUGCAGACCCUCGGUCUCAUUGGGCCGGGGUCGUCGAAAUCCAUGAACAGCCACUUGGAGAUGGGCCAGGAUCAAGCUACAUGAUCCGUCAUCACAGCUAUACCUAUAGUGUCAGCGGCUCCCAAUCCGACUCGCAAAAUAACCAGUCUGUGAUACACCACCCUCGAGCAAGCGGCGGCAGUGGAAACAUAUUUCGUCGCUCCUGGCAUCGUUGGUCGUCAUCUCCACACCUUCAUCACGACGCCCGCUUGGGUACGGGCUCGUCCGUCUCUCGCGGCUUUGGGUUUCCAUUCAACGCGAAGUCCCGCUGGAUGACGGGCGUGCCUGACCUCGUCACGGGUGGGCAGACUCAGUCCCCGCUGCACAUUGACCUCCGCUCUGUCCAGGUAAUUUGCUUCACCGCGGGCUUCCUCAUGCCUGCGGCAUGGUUCGUGGGUGCCUUUCUGCCCCUUCCCACUAGGCCUGCGAGCUUUGGGGACAUUGAGAAGCAAGUCGUCCAAGAGCAGCGUCAAAGACAACGUCAAUCACACCCUCAACAGCAGUCGCAGCCCCGAGCGCAAUCGUUGCGUUAUUCACUAUCCCAACGGUUUAGUUCCGAGUGUUCGCAAGCAGAGCAGGAGUGGGAAUCCAUGGACAUCUUGGCCAGACUUCGCUAUGAACGGCACGCCGCGGGUGUGGCGGAGCUCAAAUUCCAAAACGCACGGUGGUGGAGGAAUCUGAAUCGAUGGAUGAGCGCCGUUGGUGUUGUGGUAUGCGCACUGGUGGUGCUAUUGGCGGUGUUGGGAACCAAACACAACUGGGGAGAGAGUUGAUUUGGCUGGAGGCCGACAACGUGCGUAAGGAUCAAAAUACACCUGCGCAUGUAUUGGACAGGGAAACGAAUCCAAAGAAGGCGAAAUCUUUUGAUAUCGACCAGCAUAUUUGUUUGCUCCUCUCCACACAUCUACAUACAGAUCUUUUUUUUUUAUUUACUCACAUCGAGCGAACCACCAGCAUUCGGACGCCCUCGACGGGAUAGAUUUUCUUGCAGUCGAUCAAUACAUCUAUUCUAUUCCAUGUAAUCGGUUGGUUAUCCCUACCAGUCAGCGCCGAAUACCAAGUAUAUAC